ACCGCCACCCACAAGGUCGCUGGAAUUAUGCAAGCAACAUUUUGCCAAGCUAUCCCUCCAAAACUACCCUAUCCAUCGAAGCUUUCCCCGGUGUACAGACUCCCAACACGAGCUAAAAUGAUCUCGAUGCCUGAAAGGCAAGUGUCGGUCCCAGAUGCAGACAACUCGGUUGCCGCGUUCUGGGACUAUCAGUUCCUUUUCGUCUCCCAACGGUCAGAGUCGGUGGAGCCUGUCGUACUUCGUACAGUCGAUGGCGCGAUCCCUGCCGACUUCCCUUCCGGUACUUACUACCUAGUAGGACCCGGUAUAUUUUGUGACGACCACGGUUCAACGGUUCACCCUCUGGACGGCCAUGGAUACCUCCGCGCAUUCGUUGUUGAUGGGAAUUCCGGUGAGGUCAGGUUCUCGGCGAGAUACGUUAAGACAGAAGCGCAGAGGGAAGAGUGUGAAGGAAAGACCGGGAGCGGGAGGUGGCGGUUUACGCAUCGAGGGCCGUUUUCGGUGUUGAGAGGAGGGAAGAAGAUUUUGAAUACAAAAGUGAUGAAGAACGUAGCGAAUACGAGCGUGUUGAGAUGGGGAGGACGGUUGUUAUGCAUGUGGGAGGGUGGCAAUCCAUAUGAGCUUGAAACUGAGACGUUGGAUACGGUUGGAAGAUUUGACUUUGAUGUGACGGACGACAGCAAUUUGUCGUCAAAAAGAGGGUUUAGCGGUGGUUUUUGGGAUUUUGCGGCUUGCCUAUUGAAGCCGAUCCUUUACGGUGUGUUCAAGAUGCCUCCAAAGAGAUUGCUGGCCCACUACAAGAUGGAUUUUCAACGAAACAGACUGCUAAUAAUGUCCUGCAAUGCGGAGGAUAUGCUGCUCCCUCUCAGCCAUUUCACCUUCUACGAGUUCGAUUUGGAUUUCAAGUUACUGCAGAAGCAAGAGUUCAACAUCCCCGACCACUUAAUGAUCCACGAUUGGGCUUUCACAGAUAACUAUUAUGUUGCAGUAGGCAAUCGCAUCAAACUCGAUGUAAUAGGAUCAUUGCAAGCACUAUGUGGAAUGUCUCCCAUGAUUUCUGCAUUGUCAGUAAACCCUAACAAGCCCACAUCACCCAUCUACCUGCUUCCCCGGUUUCCUGAAAAGCUAUUUGAGGAUCGAGACUGGAGGGUGCCCAUUGAUGCUCCUUCACAGAUGUGGCUAUUACAUGUUGGUAAUGCAUUCGAGCAAAGGGAUAAGAAAGGGAAUUUGGAGGUGCAAAUACAGGCUAGUGCUUGUUCCUACCGGUGGUUCAAUUUUCAGAAGUUGUUUGGAUAUAAUUGGCAAAGCAAUAGAUUGGAUCCUUCUUACAUGAAUGCAAGCGAAGAAGAAGAGUUAUUGCCACACCUAGUUCAGGUGGCUAUCAACUUCGAUGCAGAUGGAAAAUGUCAUGAAUGCUCAGUGAAACCACUAAAUAAUUGGAGUAGACCAUCAGACUUUCCUGCUAUUAAUCCAACUCGCUCUGGUAAUAGAAAUACUUACAUCUAUACAGCCGCUGCUUCUGGUUCUCGCCAUCUAUUACCACAUUUUCCAUUUGAUAUGUUGGCUAAGUUAAAUUUGUCAAACAACUCUGUUUCCACUUGGUCUGUGGGAAGCCGUAGAUUCAUUGGUGAGCCCAUCUUUGUUCCCAAAGGAAAUGAAGAGGAUGAUGGAUAUGUCCUUGUGGUAGAGUAUGCAGUUUCAAUCCAGAGGUGUUACCUUGUGGUUUUAAAUCCCAAGAUAAUAGGAGAAGCUGGUGCACUUGUAGCAAGACUGGAAGUUCCUAAACACCUGAAUUUUCCCAUUGGGUUUCAUGGCUUUUGGUCUGCAGACUGUUAG